AUUUUGAUGAAUAAAAUAACCAAUGGCUUAAAAAAAAAAAAACAAUGGCUACUUUCCUGAAUUUCUUUUUUCUUUUCCUUUUUUCAAAGCUGAAAAUUUGGCUCUUGGGAGCAGUGUACUACUUUUUUGUCUUUUCAACUUCAAAACUUCAAAACUUCGGAGAGAGACCAAUCAAAUUCCUCUUCGGAGUUUUCAGAGAAAUUUCAUUCACUCUACAUGGACUCUUCUGAGACUGGUGACGUCAGCAAUGGCGGUGUUGCCGGCGGCGAUGCUGCUCUCCUCCCCCCAAAGCGGCGUCGUGUAGGGCUUCUCUACGAUGACAGGAUGUGUCAGCACUUUGACUCCAGUGACCACCCGGAGAACCCCAAUCGCAUUCGCUCCAUUUGGAAGAAGCUUCAAGCUUCUGGGGUCAACCAAAGAUGUGAAAUUUUGAGUGCAAAGGAAGCUGAAGAUCCACAUAUAGCUUUGGUUCACACCAAGAAACACAUUGACUUUAUUAAGAGUAUUAGUUCCCCGAAGUAUGAUUUGCAAAGACGUAGGCUUGCUGCAAGUUUUAAUUCGAUAUAUUUCAACGAAGGAUCAUCAGACGCUGCCUGUCUUGCGGCUGGUUCAGUUGUACAGGUGGCUGAGAAAGUUGCCAAAGGGGAAUUGGACUCAGCAUUUGCGAUUGUCAGGCCUCCAGGACAUCAUGCAGAGGAGAGAGAACCUAUGGGAUUCUGCCUGUACAACAAUGUUGCUAUUGCAGCAAGUUAUCUUUUGAAUGAAAGAACUGAGCUGGGAAUCAAGAAAAUCCUGAUUGUUGAUUGGGAUGUACAUCAUGGGAAUGGUACUCAAAAGAUGUUCUGGGAUGAUCCUCGAGUACUGUUUUUUUCUGUGCAUAGGCAUGAAUUUGGGGCUUUUUAUCCUGGUGGUGAUGAUGGGUCUUAUGAAAUGAUUGGCAAGGGACCUGGUGCUGGAUAUAAUAUAAAUGUUCCUUGGGAGAGUCAUAGCUGUGGUGAUGCAGACUACUUGGCUGUCUGGGAUCAUAUCCUCAUUCCAGUUGCCAAGGCGUUUGAUCCUGACCUUGUUAUAGUUUCUGCUGGAUUUGAUGCAGCGAUUAAUGAUCCUCUCGGUGGCUGCUGUGUCAGCCCAUAUGGUUAUUCAGUCAUGCUGAGCAAGUUAAUGGAGUUUGCUCAAGGUAGGAUUGUUAUGGCACUUGAAGGAGGAUAUAACCUUACAUCUCUUGCAAAUUCGGCUUUAGCAUGUGUCAAAGUGUUGCUAAAUGACAAGCCAAUUGCCGGUUCUUUGGAGGUCGUAGAUCCAUUUGAAUCGACAUGGCGAGUGAUACAAGCGGUUCGUGAACGAUUAAGUGCUUUUUGGCCGGUUCUCGCAGAGAAAUUGCCAGAGGAAAUAACCUCUAAGAAGCGAUCUCCAGUCCCGGUUGCAAGUCCUGAAUCUGAUGGUGAAUUCGAUGAUGAGGCUCAUUUAAUCUCAGAAGAGUCAGAAUCAGCAAUUGAUCGUAUUGUUCAACCACUGCAGAAUUUGAAAGUUGAAGACAGUCAUGGUCAAGCUACAUCUGUUGCUCCAAGCUGGAGAUCAGAACUGUCUAAGGUGGAUGUCUGGUAUGCCACUUAUGGAUCAAAUAUGCGGGAGUCACGAUUUCUUUGCUACAUUGAAGGUGGACAGGAUGAAGGGAUGCAAAAGAGAUGUUCUGGUUCAGUGGACAAAACCCGACCUAGAGGGAGUAUGUGGAAGAUUUUCCCGCAUCGCUUAUUCUUUGCUCGUGAUUAUACUGCUACAUGGGGUCCUGGAGGAGUUGCUUUUCUCAACCCUAACAGAAGCAAUGAAGAUAAAGCUCACAUGCGCUUGUACAAGAUUACACUUGAGCAGUUCAAUGAUGUUUUACUCCAGGAGACUAUUUCAAACUUCACCAUGAAAAGUCCGCUGUUUGACUGGAUUGAUUUGCAAUCUAUUGAGGAGAAAAAGUUUAUACCUGCGGAGGCUGUUAAGAGCGGAUGGUACCACAAUGUUCUUUACUUGGGGAAAGAGGAUGGUGUUCCAAUUCUAACAAUGACUUGCACCCUGUCCGAUGUGGAGAGCUUCAAAUCUGGGAAGUUUCCUGUAUGCCCGCCAAGCAAAGCCUAUUUCAACACCUUGUUUAAGGGAUUGACUGAAGGAAACCAGCUUUCCGAAGAGGAAGCUGUGGCGUACUUAGAGCAAGCAUCUAGCAAGGAACUGUGAUUUUUCAAACACUUCAGUUGGAAUUGUACAGUUUGCAUUUGAAUGUCUAUUUUGAUGAGCUUUGCCUAUCAUUCAUUCUUGCAUUUCAAUGUGAAUUUGGCUUACAACUACAAGGCAAAUGCUCUUAGAUUUCAGUAUUGGCUUGUAUAUGGUCCAACAGAAUGAAAAUUUGGCGAUUGUAGAAAACUACUUAUGAAACCUCUCUCAAUGUGCCCUUCAAUUUAAAAAGGGGCAACUUGCAAUCUUUAAUUGCCUGGUGUUUUAGGUUUUUUUUUUUAAUUCGAGAUUAUGAAAUCUUUACAUCUGUUAUUCAUGUACUGACAUUUAAUGCCUCUAUAUCCUUUGUAUUUCCUCUUGCUGGUGGGGUUGCUGUGAAUGUGAUCAAAUUAGGCCUUUUCACUAUUCAGAAGGGAGACUAAGCCAGUCACUGAAGUUUGCUGUUUUGAGAUUCGUUUUAUGGUUUACGCACAUUUCGGUAUCAGGCAUCGUGAGAUCGUAUGCUUCUUAGAUCCUUAGC